UGUGAUCAUGAAAGUGUCUGCACUGUGUCUUCUUCCUGUGGACCAAUCAGAAGAGCCUCGUAGUGUGAUGUCACACCUGAAACAGAAAAACACGAUGAAAAGAAUAAAAAGGUCAAGAGUUAAAAUAAAAUCGUUUCAGACUUUCACAAUGAAAUAAUAAAAACAAGGUAAAUAUUAUUAUUGUCAUUACCUGACUCACCUGAGUUACCUGACACUGUGAGCUCAUCAAUAUUUAAGAUGCUGUUGGUUAAGAGCCUCUGGCUGUCAGCCAAUCACAGCCCUUUCUGCCUGUGUGACCUGGAAGCACACUGAGCAGGUGUAGAGUGUGCUGGUUGGUUGUCAUGGAGACGGUCAGGUGUGCAGUCAGACAGGUGGAAGUGUGUUGAUGGCGUCGAGCAGCAGCAGAGCUGAAGACGUUCAGUUUGCUCUGCAGAGGGCAAAGAAGAAGAUCAGCAACCUGCAGCGGCAACUCAACGAAGAAACCAGUUCAUUGAGUCCAGCAGAGACCGCCAUAACAACAUGGACGCCCAGCAAGGAGCUCCGGGACUCUCUGGUGGACAUGUACACAGCUAAUCCCAGAGUGAACGUGGAGCUGCAACAGCGUCUGCCUUCACCUGGCCGACAGAGAGCCAGCAGCACGGACAGAACGAGGAUCAGCCAGAGUCUGGAGCACAGCGACUGGCCUGAAGCUCCUCCUCACCUUCAGGAGCCUCCCACCUCCUGCUCCACGCCCCUGCUGUCCCACAGGAAGUCUCUCUCUCCGGUCUCACCCCUCUUCAACAGGAGGUCUCUCUCUCCUGUGUCACCCCUCUCCCAGAGGAGGUCUCUCUCUCCCGUCACACCCCUUUCCCACAGGACGUCUCUCUCUCCUGUGUCACCCCUCUCCCACAGGAGAGGAGGCGUAGGUGAGAUAGAGAUGGACCUACCCCCCAGCCCAGGACCCUCUCCUCGGGCAGAGAGCAGAGGCGACGAUGGAGGACGAGCGUCUAGAGGUCCUGGUAGUCCUGCUGUCAGAAGACACCUGGUCAAGACUAACGACAGCUCUCAUCAGGAGGUCACGUUCGGUCCAAUCACAACGCCCGGUCGAGUUCAGACUAUAGAUCGGAACAAAAACAUCUCGUUUUUACUUAAGGAGCUCGACGCUCUGAGAGACAUCAACAAGAAGCUGCAGGAUCAGCUUGUCCAGAAGGAGAAGGAACUGCAGAGGAGGGAGGUGGAGGAAGAGCUGACGGAGGAGCAGAGAGAGGCCCAAGGCUGGGAGAGGCCGACAGCUGUCCUGGAGGAGGUGUUGUCCGCUCAGAAGGACAGAGAUCAGGCUCUGAUGUCACGCCUAUUGCUGGCCAAUGAGGAGAGAGACGAGGCCCUGCUGAGAGCACGCCAACUGCAGCAGGCCGCUGAGUUGGACAGUUUUCACCUGGAUGACAGCGACAUGGACGUCGAGGAGCUUCUUCAGGGCGUUUGUGACGCAGAGUCUGUGCAGGACGUCCAACAGUUCGGCUCCGUUCUGGUCCAGCGCCUGCAGAUGGCGAGGCAACGGAGACAUGACAUCACCGCCCAGGAGAUGAAGGCCGUGAUGGAGGAGAGAGACGGCUCCAUCGCCAAGUGUAAACGUCUGGAACAGGAUCUGAUCCAGGAGAGAGUACAGAGGGCGAGCGAGGAGGAGCUGCUGAGGCUUCAGAGAGAAAGAGGCGGGGCUCUGGAGGACAGGAAGCGGCUGGAGGCGGAGCUACAUGCCAAUCACAGGUAAGGUUAUUUGCUCUGCAGAUUUUUAGAUGGGCUGCAGAGUUCUUGGGACUCGUUCAGUAGGUCGUCCAGAGGUGCAGGAGCUAGUUUUAGAGGUCUUUGUUAGGUAUGUGAACUAGUUCCAGACCUGAGGGGACUUUUUCUAGAGGUCUGGGGACUAGUUAGCUGUGGUAUGUGGACUAGUGGUAGUGGUUAAAGGACUAGACGCUCGUUCUGUCUCCAGAAGCUGCUGUGACAUCACUAACCCUUCUCUGUAUCUGUGUAUGCUGCUGAUGCACACACACACACACACACACACACAAACACACACACACACACACACACACACACACACACACACGCACACGCACACACGCACGCACGCUUCCUGUGUGGUUUGAUAUUAUAUGUGCUUGAAAUCAGCAAACUGUGAGACAGGUUGAAAAAACCGAGCAGCGCGCGUGUGAGUCCUGCUGUUUGCCUGUGCUCAUACACUGUGAGUCUCCAUACAUCAUCAGGAUGAAGCUGAACGCCUGCAGAGACUCAG